CCAUUCCACCGACGCGAGGACUCUGACCAGAUACGCUCAGUUCCUCUCACGCUCCUUGAAGAGCCCCAGCACGGUCCAGAUCUACAUCCACGGUGCCAGACUGCUCCAACGAUUCCACGGGUGCGAGCCUCCGCCAUCUGACGCGUUCGAGCUACGUCUUGUCCUUUCCUCGUUCCGCCGACAAUCCCAGCACGUUCCGCAGCGUAAACUUCCCAUUACUCCGGCUAUCCUACUACGGCUGCGGGAUCACCUGGAUCUAAAUAGACCGCUUCAUGCCACCUUGUGGGCGGCAUACACCGUUGCCUUCUUCACACUACUUCGGAAGUCGAAUCUCGUGCCUAAGACAACGUCUGCGUUUGACCCAGGCAAGCACCUGACUCGGGGUGCUAUCCGUGUCACUUCGGACGGACUUGUGGUGCGUAUAACAUGGUCCAAGACUCUACAGUUCAAGCAGAGGGUCCUGCUGCUUCCUGUGCCGGCCAUUCCCGGCCAUCCCCUGUGCCCACGACAUGCGUACGUCAACAUGUGCAGCCUUCUCCCGGUUGGAUCGGACUCUCCAGCCUUCCUCGUGCCGGGCUCGGCGGGCAGGUUGGUAUCAUUGACACACGACUCUCUGGUGGCACAUCUCAAAACUCUGCUCGCGGCCGCUGGACUGCCGUCCGGUGACUACUCCGGCCAUAGUUUCCGCCGCGGCGGAGCGACAUUCGCUUGGCAUUGCGGAGCAGAUCCUCAGCUCAUCAAACUGCUCGGUGACUGGAGCUCGGACGCUUUCCAGUCGUACCUUGACAGCUCCUUCGAGCAGCGACGUUCGUUCGCUACUCUACUUGCGACCAGAAUCAACCAAGGUUUCCUGGAACCGGACCGGGCCGCAGUAUAG